CGGUCAGCACCGCGCCAAACACCGUGCACAGGAAUCCAACUUUCCCUCACUUCACCGACAAAACUGACCACAGCUGAAGCAGACUAAGGCUCUAUACGUGCUGGAUUUAAAAAGACCUGUUCUCAACAUUACAGCAGAAAAAGGUGGUGGCAGGGGAAGGAGGGUGACAGAGAGAGAGAGAGAGAGAAAGAGAACCAUGCUGUCUCUGAGCUGUGCCGACCCGUGGCCCGAAGGCUCCGUGGGACUGGAGGAGGAGGUUGUGACCGCGGCUGCUCAGGCAGAGGAGCGGGACACAAACAGCAGCAUCUGCAGCUCCGUGAACCUGGACGACAGUCUGACCAGCCUGCAGUGGCUGCAGGAGUUCUCCAUCCUCGGGGCCAACGUGCCGCAGCAGGCGCUCCACCUGCAGCCGCAGCUAUUCGGACACCAGCCGCUGGGCUCCGACGCACCAGCCUCCCCUGUGGCCGGGGACCCUGCCUCCUCCAUCGGCAUGCCGCUGACCCCCGGGAAGCCCACGGCGGCGGCCUACAGCAGGAUGCAGUCCCUGCCGGGCAUCGUGGCGCACGGGCACUGCCCAGACGAGGUAGACUACAAGACGAACACGCGCAUCAAGCCACCGUACUCGUACGCGACGCUCAUCUGCAUGGCGAUGCAGGCCAGCAAAAAGAGCAAGAUCACCCUGUCCUGCAUCUACCAGUGGAUCACCGACAACUUCUGCUACUACAGACAUGCGGACCCCACCUGGCAGAACUCCAUCAGACACAACCUAUCACUCAACAAGUGCUUCAUCAAGGUGCCGCGUCAGAAAGAUGAACCAGGGAAGGGCGGCUUCUGGAAGAUUGACCCUCAGUAUGCUGAGCGUCUUCUGAGUGGCGCCUACAAGAAGAGGCGAAUGCCCCCGGUCCAGAUCAACCCAGCCUUGCAAAACCGUCUCCGAAUCAACAUUCACCCACAAACCAGAGGCCCCUGUAUCCCUGCGGGAAGUCAGAGCGGCUUGUGCAUCAACCCCGAGUCUCAGCAGCUUCUCCGGGAGUUUGAAGAGGCAACCAGUGCUGACCAGAACUGGGACCCUCAUCUGGCUGAAGGGACCAUGCUGGGGUCCUGGCCAGUGGUAAGGGGAAGAAGUGGCCACAAGAGAAAACUAGGAUCAAGAAAUGGCGGCACCAAAGCUACCCGGCGCUCAAGUUCACCGUUGCUUUCCGUUGACGAACAGAAGGAGAUUGGACCUCUGAAGGGAGACUUUGACUGGGACGCCCUGCUGGACUCUGCUCUCAGUGGGGAGCUCAGCUUGGAUGGAGGAGACCCCCUUAGCCCCAUCAUGAAGGAUGAAGACCUGACGGUACGGGGGACCCACAUCUCUCUGGUCGAAGCCCCGCCAGGGACCGCAGACAUCCACGUGUUGGUGGAGACCCAAAGGAAUAAUGAGGUUUCAGACUUUGAUGAAGAGACCUUCCUCGCCACCGCCUUCCUAGAGACCCCGUGGCCAGAAGAGGAGGAACAAAGCAGCAAUGACUUCCUGUGCAGCUCCUCCGUCAACCUGGACCAGCUGUUUGACCUUGGAGACUCGCUAGGCGGGGACCCCAACACCCGGAUUGACACCCUCCUUUGAGGAAUAGUUGGAAAAUGAAAACUCACACACAAGGAAUAAUAGACUCUUUUUUUUAUUACACUUAAGCAAUGCUUAUUGGCUUUUUCAAGAUGUUUAAAGUAUUUUUAGAAUUACCUUUUGAUGCUGAUUCAUACAGGAAGUUAAUUCCCAAUGCCUAAUGAACAAAAAUGCCACAAUGUACAGCAGCAGAAACAUCAUCACAGGGAAAAAAUACUCAAACUAAAUGUAUGAACACCAGAAAAUUAAACUGAAAAAUAAUCCACCGUCACGAACCCUGGUUACGUAGUUAGCAUGAUGGAUGUAUUAAGACAGCUGGAUGCAGCGCCUCCAGUGGCCAACUGUGUUCCUACAACAAAAACAACACAACUGACAGGAAAGCUUGAAUUCCAAACAAGGUAAUAAUAAUCAAUCACUUUGUUUCUCUACAAAUGGAAAAAUUAAUUCAAUAGGUUUAGUUUUUGUAAAACAUAACCAGAGUAAGUGAUGUGAAUGAGUCUGACAUCACAAAUGAGCCAGGUCCCAUCGGUAUACACUUUUCUUAAAAACCUUUUACCUCUUUAGCCACGUUAUUCAACGUGCAGGAUCUCCACAUCAUGUUACCUUCUCCAUAUUAGAUGGGUUCAGUUAUAACUUACGACGUUUAGGGUUAGGGUUUAUGUAUGGUGAGAUAUAUAGUAAAUAUGGUGGCUUGGGUCAACAUGUAAGUAAAUGAAGUAUGUGACACGGGACUAAAACACAAGUCCCCCUGGAAAAUACUAUAUUUGUUUGACCCAGUCCAUCUGCCCUGACCUCUUACCUCAAUGUACUGUAACUAAAAGGGCCCAACUCUCAAGUACAAAAUUACCUGAACCUUCUAUUGAUCAUCCGAAUUCAUGGGGACUGCAGAGCAUGCAAAGUUGCAUUUCCCCAAACCCCGCCUGUAAGCCGCUACUAAGAAGUAGAUUUGCUUUUUAAAAAGUACACGCUCCCAAGGUUGGUCAAUGGGAAAAAAAAUGUUUGGGGCACAUAGCAUAACGUGUCUAACAUGGAAGUUGUAAUCCAAUGUUUAGUCACAACAACAAUUCGCUUCAUUACUUUAGCAGGGGCUUCCAGGGGGCUUUGUAGAAGCGUUAUUGCUUGGUUGGGAGUCAGAGCACCUAUGAGCUCUGCAACCAAUACUUAUUUUUUUAACUUGGCGCCAUCCUGGACUCUGGUAUCCAGUUGUAUAAUACAACCAUGGUUAGCAAAUUUGACUUUAUUACUCUUUUAAUGAGCUGUAUUAGAACUAUGGCCCCAUGUCUUUUAACAGUAUUUAGUCUGACAGGAGAAGGGUGAAACACUAAGCUACAAUAAGCUUUCUCCAUUUUGAACUCUCCAUGACUUCAAGGCUCAGAAUGUCCUGCAAAUGGUUAAUAAUGCAAUUGGGUGUGUUAAAGUUCACCAAAAUUGAUGCGAAAGAUCUGGAUUGAUUCACUUUGUGACACGCCGUCGAUUCAUUUUCACUGAUUUUGCCCCUGAACUUAAGAGUUAUUAAAUGCGGUCUUUAAGAUUGACACAUCAUGGUCUCCGUUUACGUCAUAAAAAAAGUGUGAAAUUA